CAAUUAAAUUUUUUUAUAUUAUUUAUUAAAAUAACAAAAUAAGUGUGUGAGGUGAGGCGAGGUGAUGUGAUGCAUCCAUACGAAUUGUGUAAAAGUUUUGAUUAAAACAUAACAAUUAGCUCGGGUUUCAGAUAUGUUAGCCGUUCCUGAAUAAAUAUCAACGCGACUAGGAAAAAACAGCUCUGUUCAACAUAUUGCCUGAAUGAAUGACUGAACACCAGAGAGCAACAAUAAAUGAAAACAAAUCUUAAAUAGAUAAUAUAUCGCGAAUGCUAAAAAAAUAUUAUAUUAAUAAUUAGAGAUUUGCAAUAACGGUUCUUGGAAAGGGAAACAUAAAAAGGCAACAACAAACUUAAAAAAAAACGCCAUUUUAAUAACAACAUUAUAUAAAAGCGAUUCUACUCUCUCUUGUAUAUAUGACGUAAAUAAUUUGCUAAAGCGGAACUAAGAGAUUCAUAAAGGAUAGCCAUGAGAAAUUGGAUUAAUAAAUAUUGCUUUUUUUUUUUUUAAAUAAUGUUUUAGCAAAAUAUGAUUAUUAUUAAUAAAUUAUUAAAGCUACAAGAAAAAGGAAGAAAUGCUUAAAAAAUUAUAACAAGUCGAAGUCGUAGUAAACACACAAUAAGCUCUUGAAUAAGCGUAAAAUCCUUGAAUAAAAAUAUGGAUGAUGCUGUUAUUAACGUGCCUCUGGUUUGCAAGGAUGAUACAGUAGAAGCUAUCGUACGUCCUAUCCAAGCUAAUGACGCAGCUGGUGGCGGCUUACCCUUGUCCAUGCAAUCAGUUAGCUUUCAAAAGAUGCCAAAUUCAGUAGCGGCAGUUAUUAAUCCGACAAGCGUGAAUUUAAAUGUCAAUUGUUCAAUGCAGCAACAACAACUAGGACAGCAACAGCAACAGCAACAGCAACAAUUGCCGUUAUUGCAGCAAACCAAUUUUGUUGGCAACAAUUUGAAAAACGGUGCUUUGAUUCAUAGUUCUCCCAAUAAUCUAUGUAAUGGUGGCAUUUCCGGUAAUCAUAUGCUGGCUCCUAAAGUGCCUAACAAUAGCAGUCCCAAUGGCCACAAAAAAGGUCCUGUAUCGCUAUCACAUUUACCGCAGCGUCCUCCAGUCGAUAUUGAGUUUUGCGAUAUUUCGUAUUCGGUAUCUGAGGGGAGACGGCGGGGUUUUAAAACAAUAUUGAAGAGUGUCUCGGGCAAAUUUCGCAAUGGCGAACUUACCGCCAUUAUGGGCCCUUCGGGAGCGGGAAAAAGUACGCUUAUGAACAUAUUGGCCGGCUACAAAACUGCCCAACUUAGUGGUUCAGUUUUAAUUAACGGCAAAGAACGAAAUCUGAGACGUUUUCGCAAGUUAUCCUGUUACAUUAUGCAGGACGAUGUUCUUAUAGCUAAUCUUUCGGUACACGAAGCCAUGAUGGUUUCCGCUAAUUUGAAAUUAGGUAAAAAUAUGGAUUUAGCCGCUAAAAGGGUAGUAGUAGAUGAAAUACUUGAGACUAUCGGUCUUAUCGAAUCGAGCAGUACUAAAACUUGCAAUUUAUCUGGUGGCCAACGCAAACGUUUAUCAAUUGCUUUGGAAUUGGUUAACAAUCCGCCUGUAAUGUUUUUCGACGAACCCACCUCAGGAUUGGACAGUUCUACAUGUUUCCAAUUGAUAUCGCUGCUAAAAUCAUUGGCCCGUGGAGGUCGCACAAUUGUCUGCACGAUUCAUCAGCCUUCGGCUAGGCUGUUUGAGAAAUUCGAUCACCUUUACAUGUUAGCCGAAGGUCAGUGUAUGUAUGAAGGACAUGUUCGGGGCUUGGUACCAUUUUUAGCCUCUUUAGGCUAUGAUUGUCCUUCAUAUCACAACCCCGCUGAUUAUGUAUUAGAAGUCGCAUCUGGGGAAUAUGGACAUUGUGUACCGAAGUUGGUGCAAGCGGUUAAGAGCGGGAUGUGUAAAAUUUAUAGUCAGAAAAAUUACGGUCUCAAUUUAGCCAAAGAUAUUAAUAAUGAUAUUAUUAAGGGUAAUGGAAGUAAUACCAAUAACACCAAUACUAUAGCAACAAAUGAAAAUUCUACUUAUACGACGAUAACAAUAGAAGAUGAGAAACACAAAUUAGGUGAGCCGAUAACAAUGUCCGAUCUUGAAAUGAAUACAAUAAGUAAUAAUGAGGCAAGUGAAAGCGGCGGAGUUGGUGACGGCGGUGGUGGUGGUGGUGGAGGUGGUGGAAGCGACAGUGUACUUAAGCCACCGAAAUUAGAAACCCAACAAAGUCAACAAUCCGAGUGCACUGUUAUUAACAUGCAACGAAUCGGCGAUAAUGGUUUAGAUGAUAGUUACAGUUAUAGUUCCAGAGAUGGUCAUAGUGCUAAUGCCCUUAACACUAAUACCGGCUUGAGUGGAGCAAGCAAUUCCAAUGUCGGCGGCGUUAAUAAUUCGGCCGCGGCCGGCACUGGCGGUUGCACUACAUCGCUCUUAGACUCCCACGAGAGUGUGAUAACAUUGCCCAAUAAAUCCGGUUUUCCCACCAGUGGUUGGACGCAAUUUUGGAUAUUGCUUAAACGUUCCUUUGUUACUAUAAUGCGCGAUGGCAUGCUUACGCACAUGCGUUUAGCGUCACAUAUCAUUGUGGGCGCAAUAAUAGGCAUGAUUUACUAUGAUGUUGGCAAUGAAGCGUCGAAAGUGAUGAGCAAUGCCGGUUGCAUAUUCUUUACCACGCUGUUCACUAUGUUUACAGCCAUGAUGCCAACAAUUUUGACAUUCCCCACAGAAAUGUCAGUGUUCGUCAGAGAGCAUCUCAAUUAUUGGUAUUCAUUGAAGGCUUUUUAUUUUGCGAAAACAAUGGCUGACCUGCCAUUUCAGAUUAUUUUCUCUAGUGUUUAUUGUCUGGUUGUUUACUAUUUAACAUCGCAGCCGAUGGAAGUUCAUCGCGUCACAAUGUUUGUUGUUAUUUGUGUUCUAACCUCGCUGGUGGCGCAAUCCUUGGGUCUUUUAAUUGGCGCCGGUAUGAAUAUAGAAACUGGUGUUUUCCUUGGGCCAGUCACUACGAUACCAACAAUAUUAUUUUCUGGAUUUUUUGUAAAUUUCGACACCAUACCUGGGUACCUGCAAUGGGUUACUUACGUUAGCUACGUGCGUUAUGGAUUUGAGGGAGCUAUGGUCUCAAUUUAUGGAAUGGAUCGGGCCAAAUUACAAUGCAACGCCAUGUAUUGCCAUUUUCGUAGUCCGAAAAAAUUCUUAGAAGAAAUGUCUAUGGAUCAAGCCGAAUAUUGGAUCGAUGCUGUAGCUCUAAUUGGUACAUUUAUAGGACUACGAAUUAUUGCUUAUUUUGUAUUGCGCUGGAAAUUGCAUAUGAUACGUUAGAUAGACAUUAGUUGAAAGGGUAAAGUAAAGUAACAUUUCACGUUGAAUUAUUGUUAGAACGAAUAUAGAAACAUGCAUGUGUGAUAUUUAAGUUUUACAAAGCAAUUCAUAAACAAAACAAAAACAUUUAUCAAUUUUUUUUUUUUUUUUAUUACAUUUCAAAAGAAAAGAACAAAACAAAACAAAUUGAAACAAUACUCUAGCCUUAGGUGCAUUAUGGUAUUAUUGUAGAAAUUGUGUUAUAUUACAUAGGAUUCCUAAUAAUAUUAUAAUAAUUUUUUGUCAGAUUCACAUUUCACAAUUAUAAAGUAUUCGUUUUUGGUGCUUUACAAUAAUGGCAUUCUAUUAUUUUACCUUCUUUUUUUUUUUUCUUCAAAUUUUCGUUUUAUUUUAUUUUUCAUAUGUAAUAUAAAAAAAACACAAGGAGAAAAAAAAUGUUAAUUUUUUGUAUUAUUUAACAGCUUAAGGUGAUGUAAUUUAAGUUUAUAAAAUUUAAUAUAAUAAUAAAUUGUAAAAAAAAGGAGAAAACCAGGAUUUUUAAAAAGUACUUGUACUGAUUUUUAUUAUUAACCAAACCCCUUCCUCCAACCACUUCCCCCCCCCCGCAAUCCUUAGGAAAACAAACUCCUUCAAACGAAUAGAUAUAAAGUUUGUGAAAAUACGGAUAAACAAUUCGAAAGUUUGUAUGACAGUUUUUAAGAACAUACAUAAAAAUCAAAAAAUGUAUAUCUUUCUCUUAAUCCAUUUCAAAAAUAUAAUAUACCCGUAUUCAAAGACCAAUAGUAUAUACGAAAAUAUACACAGAAAGAUAUACAUGUAUAUCAAAACCCCACAAUAUAUAGUCUGAUAUAUACGAUUAUUACACCGCAACUUAUUUCAAAAAAAAAUAAAUAAAUAAAUAAAAAAUUUAAAAAAACACUUCAACACAACGGUUAUAUAUACAUAAAUAGAUAAUUACCAAAAAAUAGAUCGUUUUAAAAUCAGUAAAAUUGAAAUCAACAUUUUUCGAAAACCAGUAAAGAAAACCAAUGUAUUAUAAAAAAAGAAAAAAUGUUUCCGUCCUUACGUUUCAUUGUUUUCAAGAAUUACUUUUUUCAAAAUUUUUGACCUCUUUCUCUAUCUAUCUAUCUAUCUAUCUAUCUAUCUAUCCCUUUAAUCGAAAAAAGUAGUUUAGAUUUCAUUACUAAUAUUUUGUAUAUAACAUGUAAAGCGAAGCAUGAAGAUUCAUUCGUUCAAUCUUUACAUAAAUUUUGUGUUUAAAUGAAGAAGAAUCAACGAUUGUCUUAUCUCAUGGGAGAAUAAUUUCACAAAAUCACUGCUCACUUAAAAGUCAUCAGCUUAGCUUUGAAUUAUGUACAAUUAUAUCAAUAAUUAUGUGGUUAACAAUGAAUAUUGUCAACGUGAGUCCUAAGUGUUAGUGUGUAUAUAGUCAGAGCUAGGCGAAUGAUAUAUUUCUAUGGCCUUGCUGGAACUUAAUAGAAAACCAAUAAUUUUCUUCUUUUUUUUAAUGAAAUAUGGCUUUGAGUUUAAACCCUAAACUAAUCAAAAUAACUAACGAUUUCUACGACAUCAUACGAGGCAUGCAUGAGAUGCGCAUAGAACAAAUGCAUCUUCGCUCUGUCUGCCAUUAAAUAUUAAAGUUAUAAUUUGGUGGCAGGUAACAAAAAGUUUACUCAAUAUUGACUACUUAUAUUAAAUUAUAAUAAGCUGGUUAUUCUAACAUAUAUCGAAGCAAUAUUUUUAUAUAUUUACAAAAAAAACUCUUUAUCUAGAGGCCACAAGUUUGUCAUAAUAAAAAAUACACUUUUGCUGGCCUCUUCCAUGGCUUGUUUCUUUUAUACCCACUAAUUCUUUCUUUUUGAUAUUCUUCCUUAGAAAAGCGAAUCACCUUUUGUUGAGUUACUAAAUUCUAGAAGAAAGAGAAGAAGAAUUAGAAAUGUAUUCGUUAAAAAAAUUAGGCGAAUUUGUUUAUAAAAUGAAAAAUCUUUAUUCAUUCUUCCUGGAGGAAACAAGCCGUCAUGCACAGCAUUGCGGUAAUCGUAGUCAAUAAGUCCUCCUCGACUUUUGAACUUGUUCAGUCUUGAUUCAACAUUUCUACGAUAUUCAGGCGAUUGGUCGUUUGCAUAGAUCCGAGUCUCAUCUCCGGUAAUGAUAUGUUUUAUAACGUCCUGACAGUUAGAAGUCAUUGCUUCACAGACAAUUGCAACAAUUGAAAAACUCACUUUUAUAUGUUUACAAAAAUACGCGUAACUGUGUAGCAAGGGUAUACAUUAACACGAAACUCUACACAGAUGAUAAAGACUGUAUUACCCGUAACCCAUAAAACAAAAGAAAUGAUCUUAUGACGUGCUUGCGUAUUCACAAUUCACCGCAAAAUCACCUAAUUUUUCUUUCACAGUAUUAUGUUAACUUUGAAAAAUCGCAAUACGCUACAAUCAAACACACUGAUAAAUAUCAAUAGUAAACAAUUUCAUGAUUAUUGCUAUUUUUGGGUUCGGCGCCACUAUUUUUGAAACUUGAAUGCAAGUCUCAAUGUCCACAAGUAAGAUACAAAAUUUGAAAAUAAUUUAAUUGGCCUUUAAAAAGCCGAGACUGUAAUAUAAUUCAUUCUUUGGUUACUAUGAAAUCCUUAAUAAAUCAAAAACUUGCAAAAUUUUGAGUAGCACCACACUCAGCUUCAAAGUUAUUUAUAACAUCAAUAAAAAAUUGGAAAAAAUUCUGGCCAGGACUGAAUCAUUCUCAUAUUGAUCAUAUGCAGGCAUUCAAUCAUUUAAACCUCGUUUGAAAGUCAAAUUUUUGUUUGCUUGAAACCGAUCAUCGUUAUAUGCAAAAACUCUAUUGAAACGUAAAAAAAUGUUGGAGCAUUUCUUGGAGAUAAAAAGAUAAUAGAAUAGUUAUAUCGUAGAUUACUAGAAAAUACCGCGAAACGUGAUUAACAUACGAUAUUAGAAACGGUAAUUUUUCAUAAUUUGCCAAAAAGGAUUCGAGAAAGCUAGAAAAUGUUCAUAAGAAAAAAUUUAGUAAUAAAAACAUAAGAUGCUAAGCAUUGUUUUAUUUCUAAGAGAAAUGAAAAAUUGUAAAGUUUUAAGAAGUUUUGUGUCGAUAAAUCAGAAAAAAUUUCGGAAGGAGUUUCAGUAAUGACCUAAAGAAACAUUCGCGGCAUUCCAUUGUUUACGCCGAUAACACUUUAUGAAUUCAUAAUUUUUUAUAAUUUAUUUCUACAGUAUAAUCAUGUAAAAAAUCGAAUAUAUUCCAGCCAAGAGAGGAGUAUAGAAAAUAUGGUUAUUCUAACUUAACCAUUCUGCUUUUAAGAAGUUUCUAAUUCAGAAUUUCAAAAGUUCCACUAAGCGUAAAGAGAAUCGAAUAAGGUCAAAAAAUGGUUAAUUCCCCUCUCUAAGAGGCAAAUCCUUCCCUUCAAGACAAUUGGAAAUACUUUUUAAGAUGAGCUCUCUUUCUAUAAAAUGAAAGUUUAAAAUUUAUUUUGCAAAUAAUAUUUCUGUACAUUUUUACUUUAAAAAUUGCGAAAUUAUUUCGUAAACUUAAAAUAUCUAUAAAUACUUGUUUUCUGUGUCGUAUUCUAAAAUAUCAGCGCAAGAUAUUACUGUCUCUUUUAAGUACCACGCUUAAUGCUUACAUUUUGAACGGGUUUGUUUAAACUCCUUUGAAAUUACUAAAGGCUAUUACCUAAUAGAACUUAUCUUAUUGUUGUUCAUUCUAUCUAACAAUCCUAAAGCUUAAAAUAUUUUAAGAAGCUUAAUAUAAAAAAGUGAAAAGUCGCAAUUCUAAACAUCUCUCGCAUGCAAUCAAUUAUCUCGCUCUUUUCGCAAGCAAGCGUUAUUUCGUUUGAACAAAAGUAAUCAACUAUUGAUAUUUUUUAUUAUUUUUUUAAUAGAAUUAAUAUUUUUAAUAAAUUUAAAACACAUUCCAUAAAAAUCGCAAUAAAAUAAAAUCAAUAAUAAUUAAAUAUACAAAACGAAAAACUGAGAUUCGAUUAAUAAAGCUUUAGAAUACAUAAAAUGCAGAGUGAUAGUAAAAGUUUGUGCAACAAACUUUCUGUGAGAGAAAAAAUGAUAAAGAAGAUGAAAUCAAAUAAACAUUAGGAGUACAUUUUAAGCAAAACCAUCUACAAUCAUAAAUCAAGUAGAUAUAGAAAAAAAUUAAUUUUAGGAAAAAUUUCUCAUUAAAAUGUUUAUAAUAGACAAAGAAGUUAUAUAAAGUUGGCUCCAAAAAAAGUUUGCUGUUGCGAUUAGCAGUCAAUUACCGACAAAAUGCAUUUAAAAUCAAUGUACUUUGAACACUGAAUGACUCAAAUAUUUUGAUUUAUAUUUUUUCCUGCUAAUCCAUGACUUUGAUUUACUUUUUUAAUAUUAUUAUUUUUAUUUGCAAGUUGCCUUGCAAACUAUUUCUUAGGAAUUUUGUAUAAUUUCCUCUCAUAUAACAGUGUAAUUAACAAUAAGUAAAUUUAUAUUUGACCUAAGAGUAUAACGUAUGUUAAAAGUGAAUAAACAUUUGUUUUUUAUAAAAAAAAAAAAAAUUAUAAUUUUCAUUUAGCUAUGCAAAAAACAGCAAAAACCGUAUGCAAUAUUUACAUAAAGUUAUGUUUAUUCUUAAGCAACGAUAUCAUAGAAAUAGCUAACUAAUCAGAGACUCGUGUUAAAUAUAUAGAGACAAACGUA